UCCUUCUCACAAGGCGCUCUUUAAGCUCCGCUGUUGCCACACAGAGCAGCCAUUCAUCGGCUCUGCAGUCAGCCACACACACCACCACCGGACAUCUAAAUUGCUGCUAUUUCUAAACAAAAAGAAGAACCCGACGGUGAAAAAGGAUAUUUUGGCUCAUAAUUAUGGCCUUUCCCAAGAAGAGUCAGAAGUAAUCCUUAAUUGGAGACACCAUCAACUUUUUUACGAGUUAAUAACAUUUUAUAAAAUCGAUUGGCCUUUAUUUAAACCUUACUAUUGUAUUAGAGGUGUUUUUGUCAGACAAUAUUAAUAAUAAUAGAAACAAUGUCGGGAGAGGAGCACAGCCUGUCAGAGUCAGAGCUGAGUCCCGUGGGGUCAGACGACGGCCACUCGCUGUCGCCGAGUCAACCCGGGGCGCCACCAGGCCCGGACUCCCCACUGAGCGGCCCGCCGCAGCAGCUCACAGCGCUCUGCGUGGCGGAUGCGGGCAGCGAGGACGGGACCAGAGCGAGGGCCAAGUCGGAGGAGGAGGACGAUCGCUUCCCGAUCGGGAUCAGAGAGGCGGUCAGCCAGGUGCUGGACGGAUACGACUGGACGCUCGUGCCAAUGCCGGUGCGCGUGAACAACGGGAACAAGGCGAAGCCCCACGUGAAGAGGCCAAUGAACGCGUUCAUGGUGUGGGCGCAAGCUGCGAGGAGGAAGCUGGCUGACCAGUACCCCCACUUGCACAACGCGGAGCUCAGCAAGACCCUGGGCAAGCUGUGGAGACUGCUAAACGAGAAUGACAAGAGGCCAUUCAUCGAGGAGGCAGAGAGGCUGAGAAAACAGCACAAGAAGGACUACCCAGACUACAAGUAUCAGCCCCGGAGACGCAAAAAUGGCAAACUGACGACGGCCAGUGAGUCUGACAGCCAGGGGGAAGGGGAGGCCAGCCACUCCCAGUCCCACUACAAGACCCUACAUCUGGAUCACAAUGGUGGGGCUGGAUCUCCCCUGGGUGACCUGCAUCACCACCACCAUCACCAUCACCAUCAUCCCGCAGGUCAGGGUCACAGCCCACCCACACCCCCCACCACCCCAAAGACAGAGCUUCAGUCUGGGAAACUGUCAGAUGCCAAAAGAGAGGGUGGAACGGGAGCGGGCGGAGGAUCUGGGGGUUCCAGGAGCGCCCUUGGAGUGGGAGCUGAGGGGGCAUCUGGUGGUCCUUCAUCAUCAAACACCAAACCCCACAUUGACUUCGGUACCAUGGACAUUGGUGAAAUCAGCCACGAGGUGAUGUCCAACAUUGAGCCAUUUGACGUCAAUGAGUUCGACCAGUACCUCCCACCAAAUGGGCACCCACAGAGCAGUGCUGGGGCCCCAUCGGCAAGCUCCUCUGCCUCGUCCUAUGCCUAUGCCCUGGCUGCUGCCAGUGGGCAUUCGGCUUGGCUCUCUAAACAGCAGCAGCCUCAGGCCUCCCCUUCGUCCUCUGAUCCAUCAAAGGCCCCCAUCAAGAGCGAAUCCACGACCGCUAGCCACUAUGCCGAGGCUUCAUCCUCCCCCUCCUCAGGUACCCACGUCACCUACACCCCGCUCAGCCUCCCUCACUACGGCUCUGCUUUCCCCUCGCUGGCUUCCAGGGCUCAGUUUGAGUACGGAGACCACCAGGCUCCAGGGGCAUACUACGCCCAUUCCAGCCAGGCUCCAGGGCUAUAUUCAGCAUUCUCCUAUAUGGGCCCCACACAGAGGCCUCUGUACACUACCAUAGGAGACCCCUCCAGCGUGGCGCCCUCUCACAGCCCUACACACUGGGAGCAGCCUGUUUAUACCACGCUCACAAGACCUUGAGGCAGAGCAGCUGAGCAGUGGGAAAUAUGGGAAGUGUGUGAGUGAAUCUAUUUUAUCCAAGGGCAAAUGUGGGAGUGUAUUCGUGUAUCUGUGCCAUACUAGGUGUUCCUCUUUUGUUUUUUAGCCAACACAAUGAAAAGCGUCCACAAGAUCUAACAUGAGACAGACACAAACUCAUGCAGAAUAAACUGCGAAUCAUGGGCCAACAGCCAAUCAAAAACACGUCAACCCUAACAAACGUGUGCCAUCCUAUUUUCUUUUUCAAUUUGUCAUGUACAGCACUUGUAUAUACAUUACAAGCAGUAGUAGCGUGAGAACUGGGAUUGGACCAGUGUUGGAUUAAAGAUUGACUCUGACUACCACCACAGGUGAUGGGCUUUUAGACUGACAUAAUCUGAUUUUAUUAACCAAACUAAACAUUUAUGUGGUGUUUUUGUGUUCAUGCAAGUAGUACGUUUAUUUUCAUCACUGGUGUAACUAUCUUGACUGGUCUGCACCACAGCUAUGAAGGAAAUAACAAGAAGAAGCGUGUUCUGUUUGAUUUGAGAUGUUCCCUGAGGUUGUUUUUUCAUGGCCAAAAAUGGACAGCUGAAACAUUUUUUUUUUUUUUUGCUACUGUUGUUGUUGAAGUUCUGUAGAUAGCUCAGCCUGUAUUUCUUCCUUUAGAUCUAUUUCGCUGAACUAAAUAAGCAUGUAUAAUGGGGAAAAAAAAGGAAAAAGACAGGGAAAGAGAGCUCUUAAAGAUGUAGUAUUUUAAUAUGUGGCUCCUUGGAGAUUUACCUCAGUUCUGUUUGCUUUGUGGCGAUCACCUGGAUUCCUGAACAACAAAAGUAAAGCAUUUUGUUGAGUUUUAAUUGACAAACACUUUGAUGAUUUAUCCAACACCUGUGUUAAGAUCUAGAAGUCUUAACCAAAUCUUUUGGGGGUAACUAGCCAGCUCUGGGUAUUACUUUAGGAUUAGAAUCACAUGUACCAGGCUCUACAUGUAGGCCAAAACUAUGCAUUUACCUUCAGUUUAUGCCUUUGCAGUCCUCUUCCUCUUUACCAACCUGAAAUAACAGUCAUUACCACAAGUUUGCCUUAAUUACUUGACUCAAAUGUUUUAUACUGACCCUUUUGGCAUGUAGUUGUUUUUAUUUGUAAGUAAUAAUACAUCGUGUGUCACAUCUUUGCUUCUUCCAUUUUGUAUAAUUCCGGUUAGUUUUGUAAAGUGUUUGGUAUACACUCACUCGAGUAUUUUUGCUUCCUUACAAAAAAAGCAAUGUUGAAAUAUUAUUGUCAUGUAUUAAAUUGAUUUAUUUAUAAAAAAAAAAAAA